AUGACACUGAACGACACAUUCCCCACUAUCACCCUCAGAGAAUAUCCCGAGUACACCCCUAGAAAUACGCUGAAGCUGACCCUUCAGUCGGCUGCGGUAUCUGCCGGCUUUGGUCUCGUUGCUUCCGCCAUCAAGAACUCGCUUAGCAACCCCAAGACUUCCGGUUUUCUUUAUCCUAAGAUUGGAUACCAUGUUUUCCUUUACGCUGCCGGUGGUUCGGCUUUCACAUUUGGCGAGGCCAUCUCUGCCAACUUGAGAGAAAAGGAAGAUGGUUGGAACACUGCCAACGGUGGUGCUCUGGCUGGUGCUGUUAUUGGUGCUACUUUCAAGUCUGUUCCUAAGGUUAUUGGCUUUGCGCUGCUGACGGGUAGUGCUCUCGGUAUCUACGGAUGGUCCGGCGGUAUUCUUGGUUAUGGCCGUGAGGAUGCCUUGAAGAUUGCAGGUGGUAUCACAGACAUUUCCGAAAAGCCCAAGCAGGGUUUCUGGGAGGUUGUUCACCGACGGCCUCUUUCCCAGACUCUCGAGGAGCUUGGUGACCUUGUGCGACCAUUUGAGAGCAAAUAA